ACUCUCAGCAGCAGGAACAGGAACACUCACAGUGCUAAAAGAACAAUCAGCUCAAACCAUCAUGGUGGCAUACACUUCAACGCCAGCCGACGUGGAGGCGGCAGAGGGCCUGCAGAACCAGAAGACGGUGGUGGUGGUGGAGAAGCGCUCGUACACGGCCUGGAUGUGGAAGCUGUCAGCGGGCCUCCUGGUGGCCGCCCUUUGCUUGGGCAUGGUGCUGCUCUUCGCCUGGUACUGGCACGGACGACCCGAAAGCACGACGCCCUCGGCGGGCCCGACGCAAGCGCUGGUGGCCGAAACAUCAGAUCCUCACAACACCCUGAAGAAGAUCAGCAGCAAAGCUAAGGCAGCCAUUCAUCUCGAAGGAAUUCACGACGAAGGCAAGAGCGUGAACGAGAAGCUGCAGUGGCGCAACGGCCAGGGUCAGGCCUUCGCGCAGGGCGGCCUGACCCUGCAGAACAACCAGAUCGUAGUGCCGCACACCGGCCUCUACUUUGUCUACAGCCAGGCGUCCUUCCGCGUGUCCUGCAGAGACAGCACCACCGAGGAGGGCCUGGAGAGCGAGAAACACCUGGCGCCCCUCAGCCACCGCGUGUGGCGCUACUCCGACUCGGUGGGCCGCAAGGCCUCGCUGAUGAGCGCCGUCCGCUCGGCGUGCCAGGCCAGCAGCUCGGCCGAGGACGAGCAGCGCUCCAAGCAGGGCUGGUACAACGCCUUGUACCUGGGCGCCGUCUUCCAGCUCAACAAGGACGACCAGCUGUGGACUGAGACCAAUCAGCUGUCAGAGCUGGAGACAGACGGCGGCAAGACCUUCUUCGGCGUCUUUGCCCUCUGAUGAGGCCGUGAGAAUUGCCGGGCUACGGUUGUGUUCGAAAUCACUCACUAUCCACUUUAUAGUGCUCUCUAAAUAUAGUGACGUUGCCAUUUUGGAGUUUAUAGUGCCCUAGACGUCUCCCACAAUGCAUCUUGAAGAGUAGUGAGCCACUCCACUGAUGAUCAGUAUCAAAUAUAGCCCAUGAUUCUUGAGGUUAAGGUUAGGUGCUGUUUAGGUUAGGGUUAGGGAAAAUUAAGGAAGACAAAAUAAUAAUAAUAAUAAAAAAGACUUUAUGUUAGUGUUUAGGGAGUAGGGAAUGAUGAAUGAUUCCGAACGGAGUCUCUGCGUUCGGAAUCAGUCACUCAUUCUCUACUCCCUAAUUAUUAUAUAGGGAUUUUUACAAGAACUAUCUAAGUCUAUUAUAUAAAAAUCCCAAAAGAGUGAUUCAGGAGUAAGGAAGGCGUGAUUCCGAACACAGCCCCCCGCCUUUAUUCAUCGUACAACGGUGAUUGAAAACUACUUCAAUCUCAAUGGAGAUGACCUCGAGCACAAACACGCACACACACACACACACACACACACUAUCUUAUAUGAACUGUAACAGUUUGCAAAUUAAUUGCCGCUAUUUAUUUCUAAUUUAUUUUUCUUAUUUAAGCCAUCCGGGAACGUGGUGUUAUUUAUGCAAAGUCGCAUUUAGAAUGUGAACUCAUGUGUCUUGUCUGUUACAAA